AUUCAUUCUUUAAUAAUCCCUUCUCUUUCCGGCGCCAGUACAGCCAAACACACCCUAACUCGGCUCUGUCUGCAAUCUAAUUUCAACUGAAGUGGGCCUACUAUUGACAAUCUUAUCAUCACAUAUAAAUAUAAUCUCGCGAUUCUUCUCACACGCAAAUUCAAGGCGUCAUAAGUUUUCCCCAAUUCUGAGAGAGAGAGAGAGAGAUCCGGAAGAAGCCAUGGGAGGAGGGAACGCGCAGAAGUCGAAGAUGGCUCGUGAGAAGAAUUUGGAGAAAGCCAGAGCCGCCUCCAAGGGAAGUCAGCUCGAAGCUAACAAGAAGGCCAUGAGCAUCCAGUGCAAGGUGUGUAUGCAGACAUUCAUAUGCACUACUUCAGAGGUGAAGUGCAGGGAGCAUGCCGAGGCAAGGCACCCGAAAUCUGAUGUGGAAGUAUGCUUCCCCCACCUCAAGAAAUGAUCUCAAAAAGCAUUGUUCUAUUGUCUUUUCUCCUCCUCCUAUGUUGUCAUCUGUGAAACAUGAUCAUCAUUUGUGUUUUCUGCUUGGGUUGUGGCUUAGAACUGCCUUGCCAGUUUCUUCUUUAUGUCUGUGUGAAAUACUGAGUAUAUGUUAUACUGUCUUAUUGUGUUAUUUGGAUCAUUGAACUGGUUUGGUUUCUUUAUAUUGGGCAUAAAUUAAACUUUAUCGA